AUGUCCCUCGCGGCAAGCUCUAUCCGGCUUCUUCGCCUCAGCCCGGCGCUAAGUUCCUCCAUGACCCUCAUGUUUGCUCUCGAUGAGCAUCUCAUCUUUGGUACCUGGGUCCAGCACCCCAUUCGUCCCCUGGCAAACUCCACCCUGCCCGCCUGGUGGACCAGGGGUGGCCUUCGAUGGCGCUGGGUCCUGGUCAUUUUCUACCCCCUCAACUACAUCCUGGGGAUUCUCAAUCUGCUUGUCCCCACGGAUCCUGAACGUGGCUCGAGAAAGUGGUACAUAUGGGGUCUACUUCUCAGCGUUGCCCACAUGCUCUUUUUGCGGAUGGCCCUGCGUCGGAUUGCAGCCAUCGAGAACAAUGUUCCAAAGGGCAACGUUGUCGUUUCCAUGGAGGCUUGGCUCAAGAUGAAUUGGGUCCGGGCGUUGAUUACAGACUUACCGGCCUGGUUGUGCUUCAUCGCCGCCGCGCUCAAGGCACUUUGA